CUGUGAUAAAUACCCGCAGAAACAGGGCUUGGUUCUGUCAGACUUCAUCCACAUAAAAAGCCCCGGCUGCCAUUGGAGAGCCCGUUGGCGAGAGCGCACAGGAGGAAGAGGAGAUAUCGCAGGGAAAACGCAGCGUCCAUCACUCCAGCUGAUGUAACCAGACAGCGUAUGUUGGAGGCAGCUCUUUUUCAUUAGCAACUUCGUCACCAAAUACAGAAAAGAGACAAAAGAAGGCGAGAAAAUGGGACAUACCGUAUUACCUAUAUUGAUGGCUGUAUUGUCCCACUGCGUGUGGGAAAACGUCGAGGCUCUGGCCAUGGCCGAGGUGAACGGUCCAGGCCCCCAGCUGGCCGAGCCUCAGAUCGCCAUGUUCUGCGGCCGUCAGCUCCUGCACAUGAACAUACAGACCGGCCAGUGGGAGCCGGAUCCUCAGGGCCGCCAGGGCUGCUUCAAAGAGCCCGGUGAAAUCCUGUCCUACUGUCAGGAGAUGUACCCAGCGCUUCCAAUCUCCCAUAUAGAGGAGUCAAAAAGACCCGUCACCAUCCCCGCCUGGUGUAAGAAAGGCUGGGGCCACUGCCAGACACACCCCUUCAUAGUCCUGCCCUACCGCUGUCUGGAAGGCGAGUACGUGAGCGAGGCCCUGCUAGUGCCCGACCGAUGCCGUUUCCUCCACCAGGAGCAGAUGGAUGCUUGCAAGAGUUACGUGUACUGGCACAACAUCGCUAAGGAGGAAUGCACUGCAGACAAUCUGGAGCUCCACAGCUACGGGAUGCUGCUGCCAUGCGGGGACCAUUUCCGGGGCGUUGAGUACGUUUGCUGCCCGAGCCGAGGCAGCUCCAGCGGGAAAGGCGAGACAGAGGAGCAAGACAUCCCUGCUGGUUCCCAGACACUCACAUCCCAGACCAGUGGAAAGCUCAACUCUUUCACCAAAGUGACGGCUCCCACUCCGAGCCCCUCUCCUGACACAGAUGUGGACGAGGCCGAUAUGGAAGAGGAGGAUGACGAAGUGCUGGAGGAAGAGGAGGAAGAAGAGGAGGAGGAAGUGGAUGAGGAGGAGGCAGAGGAAGAGGAGGAUGAGGAGGCAAUCGCUGUGAAAGAUCCCGAGGAGUAUGAAUAUCCUAUUGACUCGGGUCCCUACCAGACGUCGGACUAUUUGGACUCGUUCUACUACGAGAAAAGCCACAAACCCACCACAUCUGCACCUCUGAUGAAGGGAGACAGCUUGACGACACCUCGGCCCACAGAUGGCGUCGAUGUUUAUUUCGAGAAGCCUGCCGACGACACCGAGCAUGCCAACUUCCUGCGAGCCAAAACAGACCUGGAGGAGCGCAGGAUGAAGCGUAUCAAUGAGAUCAUGAAGGAAUGGGCCGAGGCAGACAACCAGUCAAAAAAUCUGCCAAAGUCAGAGCGGCAGGCCCUGAAUGAGCACUUCCAGUCUGUGCUGCAGACGCUGGAGGAGCAGGUCGCUGGAGAAAGGCAGCGGCUGGUGGAGACUCACCUAGAAAGAGUCGAAGCCAUUCUGAACAACAACCGCCGCCUGGCCCUGGAGAACUACCUGGCUGCUGUACAAGCCGAUCCCCCUCAGCCUGAACGUGUGCUGCAGGCCCUGAAGCGCUACAUGGCUGCUGAGCAGAAGGACCGCAGACACACACUGAGACACUACCAGCAUAUCGUGGCUGUCGACCCGCAGAAGGCCGAGCAGAUGAAAUUCCAGGUGUACACACAUCUUCACGUGAUCGAGGAGAGGAUGAACCAGAGUCUCGCGCUGCUCUACAAAGAUCCCACACUGGCCGAGGAGCUGCACAAUGAUAUUCAGGAGCUGGUCAAGGCAGAACGAGGAGACAUCAGCGAGCUCAUGACCACCUCCUUCUCUGAGACUCGCACCACUGAGGAGCUUCUUCCGGCUGAGAGCGAAGAGGAGAAGGAUGAUGAAGAGGAAGAGGAGAGGGCCUUCCAGAACAGGCCUUAUCCUCCCCGCAUUGAACUGCAGUCUAAUAAGAAAGCAGAGGAUGAAUAUGAUUACACCACAUCUGAGAGAGGCCCUACUUAUGAAUAUGAGGAAAAGAUCAACACCUCUGCAGAGCUGAAGCAGGUAGUCAAGCCUAAUGAGAUUGCAAGAGAUGAGCUGCAACCUGAUGCCUUGGAGACGUUUAACCGUGGCGCCAUGGUGGGGCUGCUGGUGGUCGCCGUGGCCAUCGCCAUGGUGAUGGUAAUCAGCCUGCUGCUGGUGCGUAGGAAGCCGUACGGCACCAUCAGCCACGGCAUCGUAGAGCAGGUCGACCCCAUGUUGACACCAGAAGAACGACAGCUCAACAAAAUGCAGAACCACGGCUACGAAAACCCCACCUACAAAUUCUUUGAACAGAUCAACUGAAGUCCCGGGGGCUGCCAACAAGUCAUGCCUGUUUUAUCCCCUUCCCUCCCCUUCCCUCCCCUGCUCUCCCUUCCAGCGGUGUCCCAGCUACGCUCCCUCUGACGGAUUUCCGAUGUGUUGCAAAUCUAAAGUCACUGAAUAAGUACGGGGUACAUCCCAAGCCCAUUGUAAAUGACCGACAACAACCGAUCAUCAUUACCAGAAUGUGAAUAAUGAGCUACGAACCCCACCAUCACCUACUGUAAACUAAUACUCCUUUGAGUCUGAGGGUAGUUCUUUGCAUUAGCAGUGCCACAGCAUUUCAUAAUCCUGAGAAACGUUCACCUCAUCCCAGCGGCAUGACUUGAUCUCUUGCUCCUCACUAGAAAAAACUGAGUUUAAACGGUGCAUAAUGCUUUAUAGUAUUUAUUUUUCAGUAGUAGUGUCUUUGUUCGAGUUGUACCACAGUUAGAUAUAAUGUAUCUGUGUAGAUGAGUGUGAGUGACGACCUAGUUAAAUCAUGGUGUAAUUCUCUAUUUAAAAAGUGAUAAAAGGGCAAUUACCCAGCUGAUUGUUACACUAAAUUUACCUCCAUGAGCUCCUGUCACAUUGGAAAAUACCUCUAAUAUUACAUAUAAGCAUUAAGCAAUGAUGUGGAGGUGAAUGUGUGAGACAUUUAGAAAGGAAUCCUUAAAAAAAAAAAAAAAAAAAAUAACACACUAAUCAAUACAGAACUUUGUGCUGGUGGUACAAAAAAUAACACCAUGUUUUUGACUUCUGAGGAUCUGCCCUCGAUAUUCUUAAUUAUUUGGCAAAAAUAUACCAAAUGUUUCAUUUAGCCAGUGAAUGGGUUUGUUUUAUUUGUUCUGCUACCUAAAGAACUGUAAAACAGAAUAAUCAAAAGUCCGUUCUUUUAAACCGAAAGCAUGACAACUUGUUGUAUGAUGCUGCUGUAACUCUUUGUGUUGUUCCCGUCAUUGCUCUUGUUUUUAUUUUAAUUUUUUUUUUUUGAAAAGUCUGAAAUGUCACCGUUCAAAAUGGACACUGUAAAUAACGUAUGAAAUACAUACUACUACUAGAUGUAGACAUUUCUAUGAUUAAUUUGCAUUGAUGUAAUGGAAUAAUACAUUAAAAAAAAUAGUACAUUGUGCUGUUACGAGAAGGAGAAACAUUUUCCUAACAUGGCUGAUUGAAAACGGACUGUUGUAAAAACCAGCACAAGACAACGACACAGCAACUACUUUCUGAAUGUAUUUAAGGUAGACGUUGAGAUUCCAUCUUCUUUUUUCAGUAAUGCAUCAUCCCCCCCUCUAGUAAACCUUAGUAGAAGUAGUGAAGUCCCAACACACACCGACAGACUACAUGCCUGAUGCACUUCUCAUCACUUUGUGUAGCAGCCGAUUCAUUUUUUUCACAUUUCACAGGUGUGUUUUAGAGCAGAGGAGCUUAACGGUUAUUUAAACUGCACAGAGCAGCCGAGUGUAAAAGAGGACACAGCUAUAGUAAUGUGAAGUGUCAGUGUGUGUAGUAAUUCUUAAAAUCAGACCACACUCUGGCUUGAUAGUUUGACAUCUUUGCUCUAUAGAUGUCAUAUUGAAGUUCAUGGGAAGCGUUUUCACCGAAUGACUCAUUGUAGUUUGUCAUAUUUAUGAUCAACAUAGUACCCUAUAUAGGUAAGUGAAAGAAGGGAUUGCCCCUUUUUUCUUCUGGCUGAUUGUUAACUGCUUAGUGUGUCGGUUUGAUUUCUGUUUGGCCACUUAAUUCUAGAAGACCAUCUCAGUUAAGGAAGGUCGUGGGAUGUUGCUUUUGGUUCAUCAGUCUUUAACUAUAUGCUAUAGUGCAGAUAAUCCAUACCAAAAUCAGGUUAUUUUUUAUUUAUUUAUGGCCCUUUUCUGUAAGAAAAAAACCUGCAUUGAAGGAAAAACUAGAUUACUGCAUUAUAACUUUUGAGUUUAUUUAUGUAAAGUUUGCUUUGGAGGAAGCUCUUGGGAUUGUGAGUUUUGUUUAAUUUGAGCAUUAAUCCUCUCGUUAGGCCGGGUUAUUGCAGGUUGCGGUUGCGUUAUGACAGGUUAAGAGAAGUCAUAGCCCUUGUAUAAUUUGUACAGCUACGUUAGUGAAUGAAAACAUUGUAUGUUCACAGUUUAAGUCAGUUGAUCUUGUAAUGAUACUACUGAAACCAUAGAUGAGAAUAAGCUUGCCUGUGUUUCCCAAACCACUGAAGGUUUCCUACCAGCAUUUAGCAGACGUAGAAUGGUGUAUACUGUAGUUACUCAAAUCACAUUUGUACUUACGUCCUCUGUCAAAAUUCUAGAUUUCUUUGUUGGUCUGUCCCCCUUCCCCUGAUGAAAUAUAAACGACGUUAUUGAGAUUUUAAUUGCUGCAUUAUUGCCUUUUACAAUGCUGUGUUUUGGAUGUAAUUAUUCUGUAUUUUUUAUUUAUAUGUAAUAAUCAGUUGGAUCAAGGGUCAUGCUUUUCACAUGUAAUUUUAGAUGCUUGUAUGAGAAAACACUGACAAGUUUAUAACGCUCAGAAAUGUGAAAUCUAGACAGAUUUAUGGCCUCUGCCUAAUUGACAAGGAGUGGCACUAAGCACAAGUCGAACCAAAUUCCUCCAUUUGUGUACAGGUUGCUUAAAUGUGAAGACACCGUCUGUCUGAUUUCAAUUUUACUGUGUAAUUCUGGGGAUGUUGAUAGUAUUAUCGAUAGAGCUGUUCUUCAUUUUCAUUCAGACCUUUAACCAAAGACAUGCUCCAUAAAUAGUCAGACAGAUGAUUGAAUUUGGCAAAAAUGUUUUCUGUGUAACUGUAUUGCAAGCAAUCUGACAAAUUAAAACUGGUCAAGCUAAUUAAUAGUGUAAUAAAAAUGAAUGACCCAUCA